AUGUCUUCUCUUCCCCAAGGCGGCCGAGGUGGCGGCGACCCCGUUCUCAACGAAGUUAGCAACAUCCAGGGAGAAAUCAAUAGACUCAACGCUCAAAUCGAUGAGCUGAAAAGUAGUGGUGCUCAAAGCCUGGCUAGGGGUGAAUCAGCAGACCUCCAAAGGAAGUCAGCCGAGGUCAUGACCAUGUACAGAACCCUAGUCCAGCGCUUUGGCAAGCUCAAAUCCCAGACCUCUGCGACGAACAGGAACGUUGUGCAAGUGAACAGGGUUGAAAAGGAGCUCAAGGCUGCCUUGGCGAGAUACAACACGUUUAAAAGCGACUACAGUAAGGCUGUAGGAGCCGAGGCAAGGCGGCAGUUUGAAGUCGUUCGCCCUGACGCUUCGGAGCGCGAAAUCGCCCAGGUUGUUGAGGAAGCUCAGUCGGGCCAGCAGAUGCAAAUUUUCCAGCAAGCAUUGCAGCAGAGCGGCAGACAACGGGCUGCUCAGGAUGUUUUGCGCAACGUCCAAGCCCGACACGAUGACCUUCUGAAGCUAGAGAGAGACCUCCAGGAAGUUAUGGAACUUAUGGAGACCAUGGCCGACAUGGUUUACAAGCAAGACGAAGUCGUCAUGAAGAUUGAAGAACAAACUGAAGCCGUCAAUGACAACCUGGACAAGGGCGUGGAGGAAAUCGGUGUUGCUGUCAACACCGCUCGAAAGACGAGAAAGAAGAAGUGGAUCUGCUUGGGUAUCUGUGGUAAGCAACAAUUCAUCUCGGACCCAUAUCUCUCACAAAGUAUGCGUAUUGACGAUUUCACAGUGGCAAUCAUCAUUGUCGUCAUCAUCAUUGUUUUGAUCUACAUUUUCGUCAUUCGAGGUACUUCAGGCGGCGGCAACAAGAACAACAGCAAGCGUGCCAUUGAGGAUCUUACCGGCGCCGUUGCAUCCCGCUUCAUGUCUGUUGCGGCACCACACGCAAAGCGGUUGGAACCUCGCGCUGCCAUCGACGAGGAGCUCGCUCAGCAAAUGCUCCGUAUUAGCCGCGAAAGAAUUCAUUUCCCCCAGCUCCCCAACAACUAA